AUUGCCCGGGUGAUCUGCUCACCGUUAGCAAGUCGGUGCUGCUGACGGCCAAUUACCAAGAAGGUGAUGAGAAAAAUCCCAAAGGAUGGCUAAAUGGAGUUAACGAAAGAAACAAAGACAAAGGAGACUUUCCUGGAACCUAUGUUGAGUUUGUUGGACCGAUCCGAAUUGUGCCUCCAACUCCUAAGCCAAGACCAAGACCUGUCCCUCCUACUCCAGGCGGCUCGGCAGCGGCCAGUCCGGCUCCACUUUCUGUUCCCUCGGGGCAGGAGCUAACUGAGCUGUUAACUUUGCCGGAUCAAGCACCACAGAUUGUGAUGAAGCUGAUUGAGGCCUUGGAAAAGCAAGGUGCAGACAGUGAAAACCUCUACAAGCCUCCUUCUGGCUCACCCAGCGGCUUGGAGAUCAAGGAAGCUCUUGAAAUUGAUAUGGCAGCUGUUGAUAUCGAUCAAUAUGACAUCCACACCAUUGCUGAUGCACUGAAGCAUUACUUAGGAGGGUUGCCUUCACCUGUGAUUCCACCAGCUAUUUACAGUGAACUAGUCUACACUGCCCAAGAAACCCAGAACCUCGAUGAGUGCGUCCAACAAAUCAGAAGAAUCGUGGAAUCUCCCAGCAUGCCUCUGCCACACUGCCUUAUUCUGCAGUACCUAGUGAAGCACUUUUGUAAGGUGUGUCAGUAUGAAGGCGCAAACCAUCUCACGCCAAGGCUUCUGGGCGAAAUCUUCAGUGAUGUCUUGUUCAGGCAUUCACUAUCAAGUGCUGAUGUGAAUCCAGAGCACCACAUUAAGAUCAUUGAGGCACUUAUCAUGACUGGAGGCUUGGCUGAAGUGCAAGUAGCACCAGCUCUUCCUCCAAAGCCACCUAAACCCAUGAUGUCAUUAUCUGCCAAUGGAAUCAAAGACAGUGGAAGCAUAUCUCUACAAGAUGCUGAAUGGUACUGGGGAGACAUAUCUAGGGAAGAAGUGAAUGACAAGUUGCGUGACAUGCCAGAUGGUACAUUCCUAGUGCGGGAUGCUUCUACCAAGAUGCAGGGAGAUUAUACUUUGACCCUCAGGAAAGGAGGCAAUAACAAGCUAAUCAAAAUAUACCAUCGAGAUGGAAAGUAUGGCUUCUCUGACCCACUCACUUUUAACUCAGUGGUGGAACUCAUUAACCAUUACAGACAUGAGUCCCUUGCCCAGUACAACCCAAAGCUAGAUGUUAAGUUAAUGUAUCCAGUCUCAAAGUUCCAGCAGGAUCAGGUGGUGAAAGAAGAUAAUAUUGAUGCUGUUGGCAAAAAACUGCAGGAAUACCAUAACCAAUAUCAGGAUAAGAGUAAAGAAUAUGACCGGCUUUAUGAAGAAUACACAAGGACGUCGCAGGAAAUACAAAUGAAGAGAACUGCAAUUGAAGCCUUUAAUGAAACAAUAAAAAUAUUUGAAGAACAGUGUCACACUCAAGAGCGUUACAGCAAAGAGUAUAUUGAGAGAUUUCGCAGGGAAGGGAAUGAGAAGGAAAUUGAACGGAUAAUGAUGAAUUAUGAAAAGCUCAAGUCUCGUCUUGGGGAGAUCCAUGACAGCAAGAUGCGCCUGGAACAAGAUCUGAAGAAACAAGCAUCUGAUAACCGAGAGAUUGACAAGAAAAUGAACAGCAUCAAGCCAGACCUUAUUCAGCUGCGGAAGAUCCGGGAUCAGUACCUUGUAUGGCUCAAUCACAAAGGAGUGCGCCAAAAACGAAUAAAUGACUGGCUAGGAAUCAAAAAUGAAAAUGCAGAUGACACAUAUUUCAUGACUGAAGAAGAUGAAAACCUCCCUCACUAUGAUGAGAAGACCUGGUUUGUGGGAGCUAUUAAUCGAACACAAGCUGAAGAUUUGCUUCGAGGAAAAUCAGAUGGUGCCUUCCUAAUCAGAGAAAGCAGUAAAAAAGGCUGCUAUGCCUGUUCUGUGGUUGCUGAUGGAGAAGUGAAACACUGCGUGAUUUAUAGCACGCCGAGGGGUUAUGGAUUUGCUGAACCAUACAACUUGUACAGCACGCUUAAAGACCUGGUGUUGCAUUAUCAACAAACUUCACUGGUCCAGCACAAUGACUCUCUGAAUGUGAGACUGGCUUACCCUGUCUACAGUCAGAUGCCCUCUCUGCGCAGAUGAAUGUUCAAGAGUUGGCCGUGAAAGAUUACAGAAUACUGAGGGCAUUGUACUUGGCUGCUUUUGCACAGUGAGUACAGAAUGUGAAUCAGGACAGUGGUGUACUCAGAGUUCAGGUGACCUGGUGCUACCUAAACUCCAACUGUGACUUUCUGUUUUCUGCUUUUAUUUCAAUCACAAAGAAACACAAAAAAACUGGAAAUGUAUCUAAUAUUUUUCUUUUGGUUUUUGUUUUGGUGUCAUUCGUGUGGAGCUGAAACUUUUAGUCCAAACAAUCUGGUGCUGAUGGCUCUGGGCUAUUCAUCUUGAGAGUUUAAAAUUCUCCAGCUUUCAGAUGUUCUUUUUCAUGGAACAGCCAAUAAGAACUCUGUUAGUCUUAACUUCAAAUCUUUGAAACAUCUAGUGCAACUCUUACAAGACACCCAGUGUAUGAAGAAGACUUCUUUACAUUUUUAGUUUAGUCAACAUAUUCUUCUUGAACUAGACUCGACCAGAUUAUCUGAUUUCUUUCACUCGUUGGAUGACACUGAACUCUGUGUGAAAGAAGACCAAAGGCAUUCAGGAGAGCUUCUGACAAAAAAAAACUCAUGAAAUUUGAAAAAAAAGUUGCACAAAGGGUCGCUUUUCAAUGUACUGGAGUACAAGUAAAAAAGAAAUACAAAUAAAGAACAUUUUAUGGCUUCUGUGACUCUAGAGCUCUUCACAAAAAAAUAUAACCAAAAUGAAAAGACCAGGGCAUCUUUUGAUGUUGGUUUUAGCACUUAAUAUUCAGUCAGAUGUCUGCAGCCGCACAUAUUUGCACCAAAAUGUUAGUGUUUUUAAAAAAUAAAAACACUAAUGCAUAAUAUUAUUAACAUAACUUUGAAAUUUUGCAGUUUUACUUUGACUAGUCAUGCAUAACCCAGAAGGUAAGCUUCAAACCUUAGCUGUAAGGAGGGAAGUACCUUAAGGGUGCUUAGAAUUUGACUAAAGAGGGAACUGAGCAUGGCUUGAAACAAAAUACUUCUGUUUCAUUGCUCGAGAAUGGAAAGUGCAAUUUGCAAUGCUUCUGGAUGGCAAAGAAAGACCCUGUUGCGUAAAGGGAGUAUUGGUAAGAGUGGUUGUGGGGAGUACUGGAUUGGUGGGUAGUUACUAUUCCAGUAGAAAACACAAGCUGAAUUAGAUGCUUUUCAUAUUUAUGGAUUCAGAUUUAUGCAUUAUGGCUGGAAAUAUACAACAGUAAUUUUUUGAGUUGGAUAGAAGUCUUUGUAGAUUAUGUGAGCAGUUUAAUUUUAAACGAAGCAAGAGACUACUUGUUAAAUCCACUGAGCAUGCUCCCUGAUAUGCCAUGUUUUAAAAAUAUGGUUAGUCCAGGAAACAAGGCCCCAUGAUGUGCAGGGCAUUUGUUUAGGUAUGUGCAAUUCAAAUAAAAUACAUUUUACAGAUCUUUUUCCAAAAGAAUAAACAAAUGGCAGCUAA